UUCCAGCAGCCUCUGCCUGUGUCUGGCAGCAGCAGCAUGAAGGCAGUGGGAAACAGAAACACUAUGGCUGCCACUCUGUCUCUUACUCAGCUUUCCAGUGGAAAUCCCAUCUAUGACAAAUAUUAUAGACAGGUCGAUCCAACAGGCAGUGGGCGGGUGGCAGCGGCUGAUGCAGCUUUGUUUCUAAAGAGGUCAGGUUUAGCUGACCUGGUCCUGGGGAAGAUUUGGGAUUUAGCUGACUCAGAACGUAAAGGCUCUCUCAACAAACAGCAAUUCUUUAUAGCCUUGCGGUUGGUGGCCUGUGCUCAGAAUGGCCUGGAGGUGGCACUCAAGAGCCUUAAUGUGGCUGUUCCUCCCCCCAAAUUUCAUGACACAAGCAGUCCAUUAUUAGCAGGGGGAGUAGCAGCUGAUAUUCCCUGGGUUGUCAAGCCGGAGGAGAAAAUGAAGUUUGAUUCCAUCUUUGACAGUUUGGGUCCAGUAGGGGGGAUGCUAACAGGAGAAAAAGUGAAGCCCGUCCUGUUGAACUCCAAACUGCCGGUCGACAUCCUGGGCAGGGUGUGGGAGCUCAGUGACCUUGACAGAGACGGCAUGUUGGACAAGGAUGAAUUUUCUGUGGCCAUGUAUCUGGUGUACAGAGCUCUGGAGGGGGAGCCCGUCCCCAUGUCCCUACCACCUCCCCUGGUUCCGUCCUCCAAGAGGAAAAAGCCCUCAGUGCCUCCUGUGAUGCCCCUGCUACCAUCACCCCCCUCCGUCAAAGACAGUCGCUCCUCCCACGCCGGCUCUAAGACCAUGCCCCACCCCCCUAAACCUGCCCCAGCUCCUGUCCCAACACCAGCGUCCAUCCCUUGGGUGGUGUCUCCAGCAGACAAAGCUAAAUAUGAUGAGCUGUUCAACAAGACCGAUGGGGACAUGGACGGACUGGUGUCUGGACCUGAAGUCAGAGACAUUUUCCUCAAGACUGGGCUUCCAUCAGCCACACUCGCUCGCAUCUGGGAGCUAUGUGACAUUGGAGACAUCGGGAAACUGACCCGAGAACAGUUUGCUUUGGCUCUUCAUCUAAUUCAUCAGAAGCUGACGAAAGGCCUGGACCCUCCGCAGAGCCUCUCCCCAGAGAUGAUCCCCCCCUCCGACAGGCAAAAUAUAAAACAGAACAAUGCAGCCAACCUGGCAGCCGAUUUCUCUGCCAUUAAAGAGCUGGAUUCUCUCAGUAAUGAGAUUGUUGAACUACAAAGGGAGAAGAGCUCCGUGGAAGAGGAGAUCAAGGAGAAAGAGGAGGCCAUCAGACAAAGGAGCAGCGAAGUACAGGAUCUACAAGAUGAAGUGGCAAAAGAGAGUGAGGAGCUGCAGCGACUGCAGACUCAGCGGCAGAAAGUCCAGGACGCCUUGGAGGAGCUGGACCAGCAGAAGGGAACCCUGGAGGAGCAGCUGACACACAUCCGCCAACAAACCAGCCAAGAGACCCAACUGAUCUCAUCGCUACAGUCAGAGCAUGAGGAGCAGGAGCAAAGGAUUUGUCAGUAUGAGGAGGAGCUGGUCCAGGCCCGGGAGGAGCUCCUGGCUCUGCAGGAGGAGAGCAGGAGGCUGCAGGAGAAGGUCCAGGCAGCUCAGGAGCAGCUCACACCUCUACAGGAGUCUGUGCGAGACUCCUUCACACAGGUUGCACAGGUUCAACAGAAACUGAAUGACCUUCAGAUUGAGGAGAGGUCUGUUACUGCUCAGCUCAGCUGGAAGAGAGCUCUGGAGGACAGUUCGCCGGUCAUGGUGAAUGGAUCGAUGGGGCCCACAGCAGACAUGCACCAGGUCGAUCCCUUCCAUCAGGACCUGUUCCAAGAUGACCAGCCCAAAGAGUUGAAGGAGGACGAACCAGCUGCCGUGAGGAAUCUGCAGACAGAACAGUCGGAUCAAAAAGAGGUGGAAGCAGUAAAUGACAGAGAAGAGGAAGAAGAGCAGGAUGAAGAGCAUCCAAAGACUCCAGAGGAAGAAAAGUUGAAACCUGACGCGUUGGAUGAUCUCUUUACUAGUUUAGCCUCGUCUGACAUGUACAAUAGUCUAUCGACACUCUCCAAGCAACGAGAGAACACUGUGAAGGAGAACAGCACACCUACACCUGAUGUGUCCUCAGAGGGUGUAGAUGAUGCAGAAGAGUCUCCUAAAGCCAGCCCACCAAAGGUUGCAUCCCCAGAGCCAGAGAGUAAACCGGAGCCUACAGAGUCACCUGAAACCACCUCCUCCUCAUUGUCCCCUCCUAUGGCCCCUGGCCCUGUGCCGCCCCAAACCAGCCCCCCCACUCUGCCUGAGAUGGACUUCUUCCAUUCAGACCCCUUCACUGACCACGAUCCUUUCAAAGAUGAUCCAUUUGGAAAAGCAGAUGUUGGAGAUCCGUUUGGGGGAGAUCCGUUCAAAGGGACAGACCCAUUUGCUGCAGACUCUUUCUUCACCCAGACUUCUGCUGCCCCGUUUUCCUCAGAUGACCCCUUCUCCUCUGCCUCCACCGACCCAUUUAGCGCCACUACUAACGUACCCGAACCAGACCUGUUCGCAGCCAAGACAAACGACACGGCAGCAGCUGCUCAGGCGGCAGCUGCAGAUCCCUUCACCUCCAAACCCAUGAAUCCGGCUUCAGCAGCCAAAGACCCUUUCAGCUCCACUGGGAACAGCGAGGGAGAUUCGGACCCGUUUGGGGGAAAAAUGAGCUCUGCGGGGGAGGCGGAUCCGUUCAGUUCUCAAGAUGGAAAAACUGACCCAUUCAGCUCUUCUCCACCAAGCUAUGAUCUGGUAGUGAAAGACCCGACAGCAUCCAAUGACCCGUUCGCUCCAGGUGGUACGACAGUGAGUGCCAGCUCUGACCCAGAUCCUUUUGCUGCUGUGUUUGGUAAUGAAUCCUUUGGAGGUUUUGCAGAUUUCAGUGCCUUGGCAAAGUCAAACGGUGCUGAUGAGUUUGGCAUCAACAAUAAGAACCUGUUCCAGGAGGACAGCCAGUCUGCCAGCUCUGAUGUGCCCCCAGCUCUGCCUCCAAAAACGGGUACGCCCACCAGACCCCCACCCCCGCCUCCAGGUAAGAGAUCAUCCAUCUCCAGAACAGAGUCCUCAGACUCCUUCCACCGACGAGGACACUUCAUCCCACAGUCUUCAGGCGACUUCUCCUCUUCUUCCUCCUCCUCCUCCCUGCCCGCCAAGGAUCCUUUAGCUGACCCCUUCGCCCCCUCCUCCCCUCCUCGCCACAGUGUACGGGAAGCUGACCGAUUUGCCAGCUUUGACAAAUAUCCGACAGAGGAGGACAUGAUCGAGUGGGCAAAGCGCGAGAGCGAACGAGAGGAAAAGGAGCGACUGGCCCGACUCACCCAACAGGAACAAGAAGACCUGGAGCUGGCCAUCGCACUCAGCAAGUCUGAACUGUCCUGAGGAACCCCCACCCCCACCAAACCCCCGCUCCUCUUCUUCACUGGCCUGGCCUGGCUUGGCAUGGCACAGCACAGCCUGGCCCCUGACCAGAAAGCACCAAAGCAAAAGUGGGGACUGUACAGGACUGUUUCAGCAGCACCUGCUGACCCCACCAAGAGACUUUUUAAGAAAAACACCCAUCUCUGAAUCUUUGCCCCCCACCCCUCCCCCAGACUGUUAUCACUGCCCGCUGUCAUUGCGGUAUUUUUUGUUUUGCCCAUCGUGGUUGUGGUUUCAUCUGGAGGAGUGGACAUUUUUAAAGAAUGGGUUGUUGAAAAUGAGAUUCAGUGAAUAUGGAUUUGCAGAUUAAGUGUUAAGAUUGUCAUGUUCCCUUUGAUUUGCCCAUGAAAUGCCUCAUUAAUUCCCCCAGAAUGUAAUUUAUUUAAGCAGUGAAAUGGCCUUGAUCAAAAAGCCACAUCUUUAUCUACUAACCAGACUCACUAUGCUUUAUUAAACCUCUCACUAGCUUGUACAUUUCCAUUGACAGUUUACUGGGAUUUUGUUAAAGAUACAGAAUUUUCUAAAGCGUAAACGUCCCUAAAUUUCUGUUAAUAUUAAGUAAUUUGAAAACCAUGUAGUUUCAAACACCAAGAGUACACAGCUCUAACACAGAAUAGGAGUUUUCUUAGUCAGUCUGUUUUUUCUUCUGUAUUAUUGUUAGUUAGUCUUUUUUUUCUUUCAGGACUCAGCUCAAGUUUGUUUUACAUAUUUAACUGGAAGUACUUUGAUAUGUGAAAAUGCAUGUUAGAUUUCUACAAAACCAGAACUCAUCUAUAGUUAUCACGGUCACCUCCAACACCCAUCAUCAUUAUUAGAGUUUCUUUAAUGUCCAGUUUGUAUCUUUACAGUUUUCAAUUGUACUUGCUCUGCCUUUUGUAGGUUCAGUCUAUAUUGCAUAGUUUUAUUUGUCACAGGAUGCUGAAGGGGUUGAGACGCCACUACAUUAAUCACAUGGAGAGACUACAAUAAUUUGCAAUAGCAUUAAAUUUGCAUUAGAAUUGAGAGCACACUACAGUUGGUUGUCUUGAAGGUCCAGUGUGUAAGAUUUACGGGAUUUUAGGAGGAUCUAUUUGCACAAAUGGAAUGGAAUAUUCAUAAUCACAUUUUCAUCUGUGUAUAAGCACACAAAAUGAGAAUUGUUUUUGUUGCCUAGCAAUAAGUUGUUUAGAUCUACAUGGUGUGGGUCCACAAUGUUACGCCACCAUGUUGGUUCAGUAGCUCAGAACUUACUCUUGGUUAUUUUCUGGUUCAUCGCGGCUGGUAUCCAGCGUUAACUGCGUGAACAUUAUUGUCAGCUAUGACUGUGGACAAGAGUUAAUAUGUCCUCAACACAAAAGCUUAGAAUGGAUGAAAGAAACUCUGGCUCUAAUGAGGGACUUGUACAUUUUUGUGAUCACCCUAGGUGAAGGUGGAAGUUAUUCACUUUACAGUCUCCCACUUUAGAUGUCACUAAAUAUCACAUAGUAAAAGCCCUUAUUAUAAAUCCCAGAACACACCAAAUACAUGCUCGAUCCAUCAU